AUGGUUCCAUAUGAUUUCAAGAACAUUAAUGUUGUCCCUAUUGGAAACGAGUUCGUCGAUCUCAUUCCGUCCCAUGUUCAUUUUAAGACUCCACAAGUUAUUCUCCGUAAAGGUUUCAACAUCAACCAUCACCGUCAAUUCUACGCACGCAAGGUUAAAGAGACAGAACUCACUUUUUGCGAUAAACUCUCCACCAUUACUAAUGAGUUUCCUAGCUUUGAUGAAGUAAACCCUUUCUACAUCGACCUUCUUCGUUCCACUUUUGAUCGAGAUGACUACAAGUUGUCUCUAUGUCAAGUGGAUACUGCGACACGCAUGAUUAUCAAAAUCUCUAACGAUUAUGUAACGCAACUCGAGUUUGCUGAAUCCUUGAAGCAAUGCAAAGCACUUAAAGCGAGAGCUAUUGGACAAAUGUUUAGUGUGGUAAACGAAAUCACUCCUAGUUUGGCUUAUCUAGAGCAGAUCAGACGACACAUGGUAAGGCUUCCUUCCAUCGACAUAAACACUCCAACUCUUUUGGUUUGUGGGUACCCUGACAAUGUGGACAACAAGACUUGUUUUAUGAACAAAGUCAACACCGGAGCUGGUGAUGAUUGCACCACUAAGUCAAUGAAUUUUGUUGUUGGUCAUAUUGAGUACAAGGAUUUAAUGUACCAAGUGAUUGAUAUACCUGGAGUUUUGAAUAGGCCUACAUUUGGAGACUGUAAUGUUAUCACCACCUUGGCUUGUCAUCUUUCAGCUGCUCUGGUUUUGUUCUUUAUGGAUGUUUCAGGUUCAUGUGGCUACAGUAUUCCACACCAGGCUGCUCUUUUCCAUAGCUUAAUGUCUCUGUUUGUGAAUAAACCAUUGGUAGUUGUCUGCGAUGAGACUGAUUUGAUGCAAGUCUCUGAACAAGAUUGGAAACUGAUUGAAGAGAUUACCAGUGGAGUGGGAGAAGAAAACGAACAAGUGGUUUUGGAGAGUAGUAAUCUGAGGACGGAAGAGGGUGUGAUGUCUGUGAAGAAGGAUGCGUGCGAGAUGCUAGUAGAUGGAAAAGAAAGAUUGAGUCGCAUAGCUCAAGACAAAGCUGAGAUUUUGAGGAGCAAAUACAUCUUGGCUCGUCAAGAAAGGAAAGACGACGUAAUUACUCAACCUCAAAGUGAUCUUGAUGAUGAUCACAAUGUUUCGGACUUGUUAGUUGAGUCGUUUAGGCUUGCGGAGUUUGAACCUGAAGAAGGAAUCAAGAAGGAUCAUCAUGAGGAUGAAAAAGAUGAUUUUGUGAUAGCCAAGGAACAUUCUUAUAGGGAAGAGCACAAUCGGAAUAUCUGUUGUGGGCCUCCUUGGAAUGUAAAAGAGUUAUAUAAGCUGAGUUUAAUGGGCCGAUACAAGGUCCUUUCUGUUGACGUCAUCAUGUACGGUUCACGUUAUUGA